AUGGCUCUGAGCUUCUGUUCAAACCUGGGAUCAUCACUUCAGCAUCACAGCCUUCCAGAGUUAACCGCCUAUCCACAAGGCAGCGUAGAGAUAGGAAAUCAUGAGCUCUUUGGUUGUAAUGACAACCUGAUGUUGUCAGAUUCUUUCAUCAACCCUUUGUAUGAGGUUGAGGAUCAGCUAUUUUACUCAGAUAGCUACACCAAUCUCCUCCCAUUCUUCUCUUCUCCUUCAGAUAACACAAGCUCUCUCUCCCCCGAAAUCUCUCCUCUUGAAGAUUUCGAGUCCUACGCAUGCCCGAAACGCCAAAAACUCUACACAGACCAUUUCAACACAAAAUUUGCAACAAGUUUCUUUGAAGGAUAUGUGCCGAAUCCCAAUCCAGGACCCCCAGAAUUCUUGCCAGAAAUCCCAGUUCCAGAUCCUAAGUUUCAGGUUCCAACAACCUUCAAUGUUGGGAGGACUGAGAGUCUGAUGGAUUCAAAGAAACCAAGCACAGGAGUCAGCUUGUCUGCGCAGAGCAUCGCUGCGCGUGAGAGGAGAAGGAAGAUUACUGAGAAGACACAGCAGCUUGGAAAGCUGAUUCCUGGUGGAAAUAAGAUGAAUACUGCUUCAAUGUUCCAAGCUGCUUCCAAGUAUGUCAAGUUCUUGCAGGCUCAAAUUGGAAUUCUUGAACUCACGGGGACUGCUCAGGAAAACAGAGAGGCAAUGCAUACUCAAGAACUUCAAACUCUUGUAACGUCUCCAACAAUUCAAGAGAAGUUGUACUCGGAGCAAAAGUGCUUGGUUCCAAGAGAUUUUGUUCAAACCAUUGCCAAUGACUGUGAGAUCCAAGCAAAACCUUUGAAUAUCGUAGAGGAGAUCGAUCAAGAGUUUCUGGGGGAGCAAUUUCUUGGAUAG